CAUACUCAGUAGUUGCUCAUUGCAUCGAAGGCAUCCUAUUAUCUGCCUCCACCUACGGGGUUAGAAGAGACGAGACUACGAGACUAGGACACAUCGCGGACGAUGUGGCGCAGCAGAUCAAACUUCGCCGGCGGGCAGAACAACGGCGACGACCAGAAGGACGGUUACGGUAGCAGCCAGCAGUAUGAAGCAACAACCGCCGGCAAAAAGCGCGGGUCCUCGAGGCUGAAGAAGAGCAGCGGCAGCAAAGACGAGGCGACCGACGACGACAGCCGCUACAACAACAGCUACAACAGCAACGGCGGCGGUAGCGACGAUUACAACAGCGGUGGCAACAACAACCACUACAACGGCAGCGGCGUAGUGGUAGGCGCGCCCGUCUACGGCGGCGGCGGCUACGGCAACAACUCCCCGCACGGAGGCAGCGGCUACGGCCACAACUCUUCCUACGGCGGCGGCGGCGGCCACGGCAACGGCGGCGCUCCCUACGGCACCGGCGGUGACGGCAGUUACGCACCGUACAACAACAACGCUCCCGCCGGGUACUGGGCUCACCAGGACGGCACCAGGUCCCCCUUGUACAUCAACACCAGGGAGGUGCACGUCUACGGCGCGCCGCCGGGGUACGACAACGAUAAUACCAACAACGACGACCAGAGGAGGAGAGGCGGCGGCGGCGGAUUCUUCGGCCCGGCGUUCCAUGCCGUCGGCAACUUCUUCGACCGCAGGUUCGGCCUCAACGACAGGGACUGAUCUGAAGCGCAUAGCCGCAUACUACGCUAUGGCGUGCAUGCUCGCGUCGGCGACAGACCUAUCUGCGUGAAAUCACAUCUUCUUGAGCAGUACUACUAUCCUAGAUAAGUAUGGAGUAAGUGUGAAGCAGCUUUUCCAAAAAAAAAAAAAACUAAGUGUGUUAAGCUACUAGCUAGAGCUCACCGGGAGCUGUUUAUUGGAUCAAAGGGGUGCAUCUUCAUGAUUUCGUUUGUAAUUCCGAGUGCGCCAGUGUUUUCCUAUCCUUUGUGCUAUGAUAAUCGAUGUACUGCAUGUCUAAUGUCUUCAUAAUGGCUUAAUGCAGAUGGUUAAUGUAUAUUAUCGUGUAUUUGGUGAUGUUGAUUGAAAGAUCAGUGCAAGUCACCAAGUGUGAUGUACUACUUUA